UGCUAAACGCUGCGGGCUCUUGGACUCUAGGUAUCUUAGACCCCUUGGGGGCCGCGAGAGCGCCCCCUUGUCCCGCCCAUUGGCGGGUUCAGCUUCCACCACCAUGGCUCCUGUGUCGGGCUCGCGUAGCCCUGAACGGGAGGCCUCCGGGGGAAAACGGCGCAGUUCGUCGAGGAGCCCUAAGCCCAGCAAAUCUUCCCGCUCCCCGCGGGGUCGCCGCUCUCGCUCGCGCUCUUGUUCUCGGCUCUGUGACCGGAAUGGUCUGAGCCAUUCGCUGAGCGGCUUCAGCCAAAGCUCUCGAAACCAGUCUUACCGCUCCCGCUCUCGAUCGCGUUCUCGAGAGCGGCCCUCUGCUCAACGGAGUGCCCCUUUUGCUUCUGCAUCCUCGUCUGCCUAUUAUGGCGGCUACUCGCGCCCCUACGGGGGCGACAAGCCAUGGCCAAGCCUGCUGGACAAGGAGAGGGAGGAGAGUCUGCGGCAGAAGAGAUUAAGUGAAAGAGAGAGAAUUGGAGAAUUGGGAGCUCCUGAAGUUUGGGGACUUUCUCCAAAGAAUCCUGAACCAGACUCUGAUGAACAUACACCAGUAGAGGAUGAAGAGCCAAAGAAAAGCACUACUUCAGCAUCUAGUUCAGAAGAUGAAAAGAAGAAGAAAAGGAAAUCCGGUCAUUCAAAAGAAAGAUCCAAGAAAAAGAGAAAGAAAAAGUCAUCUAAAAGAAAACAUAAGAAAUAUUCUGAAGAUAGUGACAGUGACUCUGAAUCUGAAACAGACUCCAGUGAUGAAGAUACAAAAAGAAGAGCAAAGAAAGCUAAGAAAAAAGAAAAGAAGAGAAAACGGAGAAUGAAGAAAUCUAAGAAAAAGAAGUCUAAGAAGAACAGAAAAGACUCCAGUGAUUCAAGCUCCAAAGAGUCCCAAGAAGAAUUUCUAGAGAAUCCUUGGAAGGAUCGAUCAAAGGCAGAAGAACCAUCAGAUCUCAUUGGCCCAGAGGCUCCCAAAACACUUGCUUCCCAAGAUGAUAAGCCUUUGAAGCAUCGUCGAAUGGAGGCCGUGCGACUGCGGAAAGAGAACCAGAUCUAUAGUGCAGACGAGAAGAGAGCCCUUGCAUCCUUUAACCAGGAAGAAAGACGGAAGAGGGAGAACAAGAUUCUGGCCAGCUUUCGGGAGAUGGUGUACAGGAAGACCAAAGGGAAGGAUGACAAGUGAGGACUUUUCCACUGUACAAGUGGACAUUUCUAACAUCAAAAAGGAAAUUGUGGGUUCUAGGCAUAAAAAAGGUUAUUGUUUUGUUUGUUUUGGGGGUUAUUUUUUGAUGUGUGAUUUCAAGCAGUUCAGAUUGGCCUCAGGCUUUGUGGCCAAGGAUGACUCUGAGCUCUUGGUGUCCUGCCUCUACCUUCCAAGUGUUGAGAUUCCAGAUGUGUGCCACUAUGCCCAGCCAAAAAGGCUACUGCGCUCUGGAAUGGCUUUUCAGUGCUUCCGUGCCUUCUGAAUCCUUCAGUCCUUCAAUAAAAGAUGCUUGUUGAUACCAUUAGUAAGUUAUUUUGGGCUUUUUAAGGUUGACCCUAACUUUCUGGUUUGAAAGUCCAAAUUUUGAGUGAAAUCAUGCAAUGUUAGAAAGGUGUCACAGAGAGAAAGUGGCAGCGGCAGAAGUUUAAAUCUCACGUUGUGAUUUGGUCUGAAUAUUUUUAGCUUCAUACAGUGUCUGCCCCUGCCCCAGCAGAACUUGGAAAUGGCAUAUCUCUGUCUUGAAUGUGUCACAAAUGGGCUGUUAACAAAAUAAAUGACAGUGUUGUUGUAAAAAGCAAUUCUGGAAUUUGAAAACUGACUGUUUCUAUAGUCUGCCCUGGAAAUGUAUUUUGGGCUAAGUCUACCUCUGCUCUAAAAGCAAGCAAACCAAAAGGCUAACUCACAGACAGAUGUGUGCAAUAGAAAAUGUGAGCAUUAGAUGUUUUAAGUUGUUAAUGAAUUACUUAAGAUAGUUCUUUCGGCUGCCAGGGUGUAGCUCAGAGUUAGAACAUGUGGUUAGCAUGCAUACGGCCCUGAGCUACAUCCCCAGCAGUGCAAAAAAAAAAAAAAAUUCAAAUGCAGUCUUGGGAAGUCUAUUGUUGUGCCAGUAUAAAAAUACUAUUUCUAGCUAAGCUGAUAUUUAAUGAUAGGAUAAUAUCUAAAGUAAUGAACAUCAGGAGUGCUAAUGAGGGAAAAUAUAAUGUCAGUAUUUUAAUUAGCUGUUUCAUGAUAAUGAAAAUAAAAUAUUAAAUGUUUUUAUUUGUGUUCUUUAUGUACUCAGAUUUUUUUUUUUGAGACAGAGUCUCACUGUGUAGCCCUGGAUAGCCUGGAAUUCCUAGAAUUCCUCCUGCCUCUGCCUUGCUGGUGCUAGAAUUAGAGGUGUGUGUCACUGCACCUGGCUAUCAGAUUUGAUUUUAAACAUUGUUAAACUCUUCAGCUUUUUUAUAUCAAUCAAUGUCUUUAAUCCCUAACUUUGUAGAAACCCUCCUCAUUUUAUCACUGCUCGAAACGUUGAAUAUCUGUACUUGGAAAAUGUGUUUUUAGCCCACAGCUGCUGAACUGGCCAGCAGUUAGCAUGUAGUAACAUCCGUGAUCUUUGAACUUGAAAUGAUUUCACUGUAUCUAUUCUUCUCAGUCUAGUAAGUCUACAGUUUCCUAAAACUUCAUGGAAACUAGGUUCCAAAGUUUCAAGUCUUAUUGUUUCCUAUACCUCCUCAUGUCAUACAAUGUAAAGUUUAUAAUCCCUACUUUAAACUUUAUUCUGGAGGGGCAUUAGUUUUUCUUAACUGGCUCCUAGGGACUGGAUAAAUAUGUUUUCAUUUUUCUUAGGUAAUAUAGUUUAAAUGCAAUUUAUGGUAUAUAAGUAUUAUGGGUUUUAUUUUGAUUCUUCUCUUGUAUAGAGUAGACACAGUCAAUGAAAGAAAAGAUAGGAAUUUAUUUCAAAACCUACCAUUCCUUGAGUCAGUUCAUUUGGAUAAGAUCUGCAAAGAACAGCUUUAAUAGCAGAUCCUUUAAAAAAGUGGAAGGCUAAAAGUAUUUUAUUUUCAGCUUGAGUUAUUGCUUCAAACUGUGUUUUAUCACCUGAGCUCUAUGCCAGCCACUGUUUGCAAAGGCAAAUCUUCCUGGUUUACACACUUAUGCACACACACGCAUGCAUGCACACACACACACAUGUGCACACACAUGUUUGUAAUUGAACAAACAUUGAGUUAGGACUUCUCUUUGCUACAUUCCCAGUGAACAAGAUGGUGGCUAGUGUUCUAUCUGUAUUGUUCAAGUUCUUUAGGCCCAUGUAAAAUCUGUGUAGAACAAUUGUAAUUUAAAUACUUCGUUUUGUUCUCUAAAGAGACUUACCUAGUUUCUUACCUCUUCACCUGUUGUUCACAGGGUUUUCUCUCCUUUUUUAAUUGUUGUACAAAGAUAAUAGUAAAAAAUAGAAGACUUGCUCAGUCCUACCCCAUGUCUUGUUUGUUACAAGUAUUCUGUGUUUCUUAUAUGUCUUUGUUACUCAGAGUGUAGUGUAAAUUUGUCUUGGACAUUUUAAAAUUGUGUGAUCAAGCUUAGUAGUCUCAUUGGGAAGGUAGGAAUACAUGAUGACCCAGUGUGAAGGUAGAAACCAGACCAGAAAGGAAUAAGGGUGCUAACCCCUCCCUGGUUUAUUGUACUAAUAAGCAUGUGAUGUGUUCUAGAAGCCAAAACAUUCGGUUUCAGAAUUUGACAGUGAGGCUCACCUUACAGUAGAAGAGGUCUGUGAGUAGGCAAACCCUUCAGACUGGGUAGUGUGAGCUCAAAAGUGUUGCCGUUUUGUUACCCAGCAUAACCAUAAAAAUGUGUGUCAAGCCUGGAGGCAGGCACAGAGAAGGACCAAACAGCUAAGAGCCAAUGGGUGAACUUGAGCAUUGUUAGAAAUUCAACUCUGUGCUUGCCAGACUCCAAAAUCAUGAUAUAGUGUUGACAAAAACCUUUUCAAAAACAGAAAACAACUUAUUACAGAAUGGAUAACGAAUAAAAGCAAAAACGCAGAUGGGUUGUGUACCACAAGUUUAUUAUUCAAUAAAUAUUAUGUGGUUUGA